GGCGGGCCUCGAACCCCGGGCCAACCGCUUUGGUUUUCCCGCUAGAAUUGUCUUAAGAAAAUGGCAGACAAGCCAGACAUGGGGGAAAUCGCCAGCUUCGAUAAGGCCAAGCUGAAGAAAACAGAGACGCAGGAGAAGAACACCCUGCCGACCAAAGAGACCAUCGAGCAGGAGAAGCGGAGUGAGAUUUCCUAAGGACCUGGAGGGCGCCCCACCCCCGACUUCUUCGAGACCCCAGUCGUGAUGUGGAGGAAGAACCACCUGCAAGAUGGACACGAGCGACGAGCUGCACUGUGAACCCGGGCACUCCGUGCCGAAACCACCGGCCUGUGGGUCUCCGAGGGACUGCCCCUCAAAUCGAACUGCCAAAUUUUCCGGUUUGCCCUGGGAUGUUAUAGAAAAUUAUUUGUACGAUUCAUGAAAAUAAAACACACCUCGUGGCAUGA